GUUUAGUCGAAAUUUAUCCGUUGCAGUGAAUGGUAUUCUUGUGGUAGUCCAAGCGAUUAUUUUGGCCGCUAGCCUAAUUAUGAAAAUAAGUAGAAAUAAAAUAAAGUAUCAAAAAAUCGACUGCUGCUUAGUAUGAUUUAAGAUUUAGUACAAGUGUGCUACCUAAAAUUUGUGAGUUUUUAUGUAAUUUCUUGGCCAUUUUUAAAUUUGCGGAAUUCGGUGUAUUCGGUGUAAAGUCAAGUCACGUGGUUGUAAAUAUUUUCAAUGUGCGAUAUUUGCAGAAAAAUAUGUGUGCAUAAGUGCUUACAUCUUGAUUAAUUUCAAUUAAACAACCAAUAAACCUAAAUACACUCGCCUUUAAUCAUCAUCGUUGCAGUGUAGCCUUAAAAUUUUGAAGUCAAUUAGCGCGCAUCGCCGCACAUACAUACGUACAUAAAUAUAUCAAUCAAAAAUUGCCGCCAAUCGUGUCGCAAAAAGCCGUGUUCAUUUGUGGAGGGCAAAAUUUCCAUUUCAGCUAUCGAUAAACCAUGCAAACUGCUGUCGACUGCAAUGGCAGCAACGGCAGCAAUAACAAAAACAGCAACGCCACAACAACCACCACAAUCAUGGAGAGCAGCAAUGUCAGCGUUGAUGCCUGCAGUGAACUCCUCUCACACGAUGUAACACCGUCACGUUCAACGCCAGCCGUUCUGCUAACGCCGGUAGCAAUGCUGGAACAGACGAGCGUGCUGCGCCAUCGCUUGCAAGUGGGUGUUGGUGUCGGCCACAGCAUCGGCACCUCGGCCAUGAAUUACGGCUGCCCGGCCACUGUGGGCGCGACAACGGCACACAAAGUGAGCACGCCAGCCACUGCACUCAUCGACAUGGCCGAAUACAUGGGUAGCAAUGUUGAGUGUAUGUCCGUGACACCAUCACCUUCGCCACAAGCGUCACCAUCUAAGAAAGCAAAACAGAACUGUGCCGACACUACUACGACAUCAACUACAAAGCCAAUCGUCUCGCACACCACAAUAAACGCUGACGCUGCGGCGGCGGCGUCUAGUCAGGCGUCUAGUCAGUGUUCUACUUCUAGCAGCAAUUCGAGUUCAAAUUCCUCUACAUCAUCUGUGAUCGCAUCACCAAUUAGCAUUAAGCGAGAUGUGGCGCGUCGACGAGCGCUAGCAGGAGAAGUGGGUGACGGUGACGUUGGCGUUGGCGUUGGCGUUGUCAUUGGUAGUGGCAGCAACGCUGAUGCUGCGCUCGUUACAGCAGGUGAUAUACUAGAUUUAAGUGGCAAAGAUUGUGCCGAACGACGAGAUGCACUAGCAACCAGAGGGCUUCCACUUCAUGCCGCAUACGAAGAACACGUGACGUUCUUCACACCAACAACACCAUUGUCGCUGCCAUCAUUAUCGUCUUCAAUGAGUUCAUUGUCACCUUGUACGAAUUCGACGAAUGCAUCGACGCCUGCAACUUCGACGUCGUUAAGUUCGACGGCGUUGACGCCGGGAACAAAUUCAUCGAAGUCGUCGCCAUCGCACUCAACAACGAAAUCACCCGCGUUCACUUCCGCUAUACAGCUGCAGCAUUGGGAGGAUAUGCCGAAAUAUUUACAGUUUAACCCGUAUGUGCUCAACGGUUACCGUCCAUUGACAACAUUCAGAGGCUGCCUGCUAAGCUUGUUCUAUUGGCACAACGAAACGGUCAACAUACUGACGCAUGCCAUACCAAUUUUCUACAUUCUGGCCAUUGUGCCUGGUCUCAUGCCAUGGGAGCAAGAAUAUCGUUUCUUAUCGUUUUGCCACCUGGCCGGUUCAGUGGCGCCAUGGUGCGGCAGUUUUUUCUAUCAUCUCUUCAUGAAUAUUGACCGAGGCGAACAUGUUUACUACAGGCUGCUGAAAUUGGAUAUGGUCGGCAUAUGGGUUAGUCAAAGUUUUGGUGCUUUGCCGCUAGUCACAGCUACGACGUUUUGCUUUAACUUUACAUUGAAAUGGUUCAUCAUAAUAUCGUACUGCUUGCUAUCUCUUUGGGGACUUUAUAAAGCCCUAACUGCAAGUUCACCUUGGCAACGGCGUCUCUGCUUCGCUCUACCCUUCACUAUGCGUUCAAUAUUGACAUUAUUUCGCACAAUAGGUGUAUGGGUUGGUGGAAGUCGGUUAGCGCUUUCGCACGUUUAUCUGCAGGAUGGCGUUUCAAUAUUGGGUGGCGCUAUAGGCGCAAUGCGAAUACCAGAAAAAUGGUUUCCAGGCGUUGUGGAUUUCUAUUUAAAUUCGCAUAACAUUAUGCACGUGCUGGUGGUGGUUGCGGUGUAUUCAAUGCAUAAGGCAACUAUAAAAGACUUUGAGUGGAUGUCGGCAACGAAAUGUGAUGCUGCUGUUGCAAAUGACACCGGCGUAGCAAUAGAUACUACUUUUACCUCAAAUGUGGAACUAUGACCUCUUAACAUUCGAAAAAAAAGUAUUAUGUAGAAAAUUAUCAGAUUAUAGUUAUGUAUUUCAGUGCAACUAUGUACAUAUAUGUAUAUAUACAUAUUGAAUUGUUAAAUUUAGAGAACGCCCAGAAAUAAGAAAUAGGCAAAUUUUAAAAUAUAAGUAUUCAAUGUUUUUGCAAUAAAAAAUAUGUAAUAUUUAGAAAAAUAUUUAGUUAAAAAAUGUAUUACUUAUAAUAAAGUAUGUAAAACAAAUUUGGUUAUUGAGCGGCAGUGAGAUUUUAUAAAUCGCUACGCUAAAUGUCCAGUGCAAGUAAUGCUAUAUGUAAAUUAAUAAAUGACAGAUGUGCUUAAAAAUAUACAAAACCUCGAGAGUAAUAUCACUUGCCUCUCUUAAACCCCCAUUUAAUAUUGCACCACUUAAGCUUUCGCUUUGUAAGUAUAUUUUUGAGCACACCUAUUACUCAUUUAAGGAUUAGCCGCUUAGCGAUUUUUAGAAUCCCAUAACGGGUAAAUUGCAGAACAAUUGCAUUGCGAAUACUUGCAGCGCCUACAAAUAAUAAUGCAAUAAAUUAUAAUUUACUCUUAGAAAAAUUAUCUCCAAACAUAUACAUACGUAAAUAUUAUAUGUAGAACUAAUUUUAAUUCGAGUAUUAGCCAUGAUGAACAAACAUAAAAAUGUAAGUAUUUAAAGAACAAAGCGUAUUGUCAAUAAUUAAACGUUAAGCAAAAAGUUAAACCAGUGAACACUACACUUCGUUCCAUGACUAUAUCACCACUUGAGUUUGCCAAUUAUGCUAAAAAGAUAGGCUGGUGGAUAAUAUAAUGUUAAUCGAAAAUAAAUGAUUUAACAACUAAAAACCAA